GACGUCCUCCUGUGUCAGACUAAAAUAUGGAGCCAAACAGGUUGGAUGACAGCAGAGAUAAACUGAGUGACAGAAAGUUUCUGAGAGAGACGCUGGUUCCAGUUCUGGUGUCAGUUAAAUGGAGGUCUGAACUGCUGCCUUUUGGUUUUUAAAUGAAGGAUGAAGAAAAAAGGCGACUGAAGCAGCUAACUCCAUGCUGACUUCAAAUUUCAAAGCACAUCUCCAAAGAACCUGCAAAGAGGAGCUGAAAAACAAGACAAUAAAUAUAGAAGAACAGAAGGUGUCAAAAAAAUGAGCGCUCCUAAGGAUCCGUCACAUAAAAGUGACCAGAAGCAGCUAGAAACACAGCAGGAUGAUGACCUCAGGCCAGAGGAGCCAAACAGUAAAGACGACCAGGGAAAAGAUUUUCCUAAAAUGGGUCAAACAGCAAAAACAGCGAUCAGUCCCCUGACUCUGAUCAAAGAGGAAGUGAAGAAAAUGUUCAAGGACAAGGAUACCGAUCCGAAACCGAGCCAAUCGGCGGAGAAGAUUACCAGCCCUUUGUCUCUUCUUAAAGAAGACUUUAAUAGUUUAAAAGAGGAACUCUCCAAUGUUUUUAGAAUUGGUCGUUCAAGAGACCCAGAGAACAAGAAUGUAGCAGAGAAGGACAACUCCAGGAACAACCCCAGGAUAAACGUCUCCAGAGCAGAUGAACCUUAUAAUAGUCUCUUCAGACAGGAGAAACCUUGCCAAAAGACUGCUCAAACAAAUCACACAGAGGAAGCAAAAAGGAGCCAAGCAGAGUUAGAAAUCAGUUCAAUAAAACAAACCAAAGAAACUGAAAAAAGUGAGAAAUCAAACAACACAAAAUACAGUCUGAAUAAAUCUGAGGUCAGUCAGCUGCCUGCUUGUUGUUCUGAGGAGAAAACCGAGAAGACCAAGACGUUGGCUCCAACACGAAGUGAGACGAUGUUUGCAUCAAAAACAGCUACAGCUCUUCAAAGCGAGGAGACUAAAAACUGUCGGCACAGCUCCCCUGAUGCACCGGAGGAAGAGGAGGGUAAACCUUUAGAAAAGGCUCUAUCCACUGAAACCAGUUUAUUCCCUGUGAGAACUAACCUGAGUAAUCAGCCAACAGAAGACUUGUGGUCUCUGAAAAACUCUGCCAUUUACCUGACCUUUGACCCCAACACGGCCAACUCAGAGCUCCGCUUAACAAACGGCAACAGAAAGGCAACUCGAGACUGGUUAAAACUUCGAUCUGUGCACCACCAGGAGCGAUUUGAGCAAUGCCCCCAGGUUCUGUGCAGAGAAGGGCUUCUGGACGUAGCUUACUGGGAGGUGUUGUGGACUGGCGGCGUUGACAUUGGUGUUACUGACAACAGUAUUUCCAGAGACACGGUGAGCUGCCUGCUGGGACACAACGAGCGGUCCUGGAGUCUGGAGUGCUCCAACGGAUUCUACACGCCAUGCCACAACAACAGAAGAUUCCAGUCCUCCUCACCUGAACCCUUCAGCAAUAGGGUUGGGGUUUACCUCAACUGCUCUGCUGGAAUGCUGUCCUUUUUCUGCAUUUCCCAGGAUGCAAUGGUUCACCUGCACACUUUCACCUUCACUUUCAGAGAGCCGCUAUACCCAUGUUUCUGGGUUUGGGCCAAUAACGGCUCGGUGACACUGUGCCAGGUGGAGCUAGACUGGGAGCGACUUCUGUAGUGAGACUCUCACGGUGCGACUGAAAGACCGUCAUUCACUCUUCUGUUACAGCUGAGUGAUUGAUGUGGGCAUUAAUCUAUCAAUAAAUGUACUUCUUUCACUGAAGAUACAAUACGUAUGAACCAAAAAAGUGUUGUUUUAAGGUUACAUGACAAAGUGUAAAUGUAUUUAAAAAGAAUUUAAUUUAAUUUUAAUGGAAAUAAUGAAGAAUAUCUUAUUAAUUAGGUCAUAUUUACAUGGUAUUCUCUGCAUGCAGUCGGAAACCUUUAUAAAGCUGCCUUUGAACAAUCGAC